AACAGCAAAUUAGCUGAUUCUCCGUCAUCCCCUAGCUGCAACCAGCUUUGGGUCGCGUUCUCAUUCGCACUCGAAUUGUAAAAUUUCUUCUUCACCACUCGAAACCCCUCGACGAUCAGUUCACGCGGACCUUCCCCUGCCGAGAAAAGCCGCGACUUUGCUGGCAGUAUGGCCAGCGCUGGAUCCGAUCUCUCUCAAUUCGACAUUUCUAAGGAGGAGAAGGACAAACUUGUGGGGGAAGUGAUACGUUAUGUGCUGUUCAAGAGUCACCAGAACUCGGGGUGUCCGAUCAAGAGAGAGGAGCUCACGCAGCUGGUCACCAAGAAUUACCGGAACCGCAACCUUCCCGCGCUCGUCAUCAACGAGGCCCGCGAGAAGCUCUCGAGCGUUUUCGGGUACGAGAUGAGGGAGCUCCAGAAAUCGCGGCCUUCGACUAACCAGACUCGGGCUUCUCAAUCAAGUUCAGCAGACAGCAGAUCUUAUGUCCUCAUGAGUCAGCUCCCUGCUGAUUUAUAUAGGAGGUAUGUGGAGGACGUCAAUGCAGUCCAUCUGUCUGGUUUUACUUUUGUGGUGAUAAGUAUCGUGCAUCUUGCCGGAGGCAAAAUACCAGAAGAUAAUUUAUGGCACCAUUUGAGACGGCUAGGAUUGCAUGAAAGCAAUGAAAACCACCAAGAAUUCGGAAAUGUCAAGCAGGCAUUGGAAGCUUUAGUCCAGCAAAGAUAUUUGCAGAAAGACAAAGUUACUGGACCAGAAGGUAGCACGAUAUCGUACGAGCUUGCUGAGAGAGCAUUAGAUGCCAGAAUCAUUGAGAAGAUCAAAGAAAACAUAUCACAGGUUGUGAAGAAAGAUGUCACUUAUGGAGCUGCAGAGUAGCAUCAGUUUAAGGACAGUAGCUGUAGCUACAUGAUAGCAUUCUUACCCCUUUUCCUAUCCUUAUGGAAGAUUCUGUACUCAUGUGGAGCUGUACCCUGGCUGAAUGCUGUUUUGCAUUUCAAUGUUAAGCUUAUCAAAAUAUGUAUCUAUGGAGCAGAUUAAUGCGAGUGAGAAUGUCCUCAUCAGAAAUUUCUUUUUGUUGGGGGUGGGGUGGAGGACCUGUCACCUGUAAUGAACUUAAUUGUGCUAUCAUUCUUUAUCCCAAAUUGUCAUUAGCAAA